AUGAGGUUGACUCCAACAGAAGAGAGGACGGUGGAGCAAAUGACGCAUCAGAACAUAAAACCACGAGACAUUCUUGCUGCCAUUAAAGAGAACCCCCAUAAUGUCUCAACAAGAAACACCAUAUACAACGCUCUGGCUAAAUUGGGUCGAAUGGAACAAGUCGACGAGACUCCAAUGCAUAUACUUUUCAACCGGUUGGAGAAGGUUGGGUUUGUUUUUUACCAUAGAACAUCUCAUAACGGCGAACGGGUCGAGGAUGUUUUCUUCAUCCACCCGGAGUCGAACAUGUUGUGGCGCGCCUUCCCGCAUGUGUUGCUUAUCGACGCCACCUACAAGACGAAUCGGUACAAAAUGCCGCUAGUCCAGAUUAUCGGUGUUACAUCCACGUUGAUGUCGUUUUGCAUUGCUCAUGCGUUCGUAAGCAACGAGAAACAGGAAAACUUCACAUGGGUUCUACAGAGGUUGAAACACUCAUUAGACAGUGUUAUCGAACCCCGUGUAAUAGUAAUCGAUAGAGAUCGCGCCCUAAUGAACGCAUGUGCAACCGUGUUUCCCAGGGCUAGACAUUCAUUGUGUAGGUGGCACAUACAGCAAAACAUCUUCAAGCAUUGCAGGCAAAGCUUUAAAACAGAGGAUACAUGGGGAAGGUUUCUUUACAAGUGGGGCGAGCUAACUAACUCAACGACCGAUCUUGACUACAACUACUGGUCCGAGCGAAUACGAUCAAACUUGCCACGCAAAAAAUCCGACGAGAUUAUGAACUAUUUGGAUUCAAUCUGGUUACAACCAUAUAGAGACCGGUUUGUUUCGUUCUGGAGCGACCAACAUCUGAACUUCGGUCAAAAUACAACGAACAGGGCAGAGGGUCAACAUGCCCUUUUGAAGCAGUACCUAGGCGACUCUAAUUACACCCUAGAGAAAGUGGUACCACUUAUCGAUAAGCUCAUAAGAAACCAGGUGACAGAAAUCAAAGGCAGCAUUGAAACAAGCAGGAGGCGAACAUUGGGUCAUCAUAACAAACCAAUAUUUAAUCUCCUACUAAAGAAGGUUUCACAUGCCUGCCUAGAGUUUAUAUCAGACGAAGUAAAUGAAAUAGAAAAAUUAAAGUUAUAUAACCGUACAUGCGCGUGCCGUUUGUAUACAAGCUGUGGGUUGCCGUGCGCGUGUCGGUUGGAACCGUAUACAACGAAUGGUCAAAUGAUCCCGUUGGAGUUGAUAGACCCUUUUUGGAGAAAGUUAAAUUUGGACUCCAUAGUCGAACCGAGCAAGGUGUACUCUUUCGACUUAGAUGGAGAAUUUGCGCUUCUCAAACAACAUUUAAGUGCUCAGCCGAGAGAACUAAAGAAAAACUUGAUUCAAAAGAUGAAGGAGUUGGUACAACUCAAUAAGACGAAGCUUAAACAACCAGUUGUGCAAAAAAACACACGGGGUCGUCCAACUUUAAAAGCUCAGCAACAAAGGAAGGAUGAUUCGUUUACGGAGCCUUCAAGACACAGCUUUUUUACAACGCAGGACCAGUAUAGUGAUUCACAAGAUUCGUUUGGCACACAAGAGUCAACGAUCGAACCUACCAGGGAUAGCUCGUUUGUCGACUCACAAAGUUAUUGUACUGAAACACCUAUGUUCUUCAGCGAGAUUGUGAAAGGCGCUAAGAAUUCGAAAACAAAAAACAAGGUCGCAAAAUCAAAGGAAGAGCCACCAGACUUACCUUUGCUGCCUGUCGGACAAGUUAAUAUGUUCAUGCACUUCAAAAAGUACAUUCCACCGUGCUUCUAUCCACACCUCAGUCACAUACAAAAUGUGCAGGGUGAUGGUAAUUGUGGGUUUCGAUCUAUAGCGGUCGGCUUAUCGCUUAAAGAGUGGCAGUGGCCGUUCAUACGGGAGCAUCUUCAUGAUGAGUGUAACCGGUUCCACGAAUUUUGGAAAAAGAUACAUGAAGUUCAGUAUCAACAUCAUUAG